AAGGCCGAGGCUGAAGCGGCGGAGGCUGUGGUGAAGGCGGCGGCGCCUCAACCGGGGACGGUGCUCCGCUGGGCCCCCUUUCAGGCUCCAUGGAGGCGGCAGCAGGCGGGGGCUGCGGCUCUGGACCGCCGCUGCUGCUGAGUGAGGGCGAGCAGCAGUGCUACUCUGAGCUCUUCGCGCGCUGCGCCGGCGCCGCAGGCGGGGGCCCCGGGUCCGGGCCCCCUGAGGCCGCCAGGGCCGCCCCCGGCGCGGCCACCGCAGCCUCGGGCCCCGUGGCCGACCUGUUCCGGGCGUCGCAGCUGCCCGCCGAGACGCUGCACCAGAUCACAGAACUCUGUGGUGCAAAGCGGGUUGGUUAUUUUGGUCCAACACAGUUUUACGUUGCCCUGAAAUUAAUUGCUGCAGCACAGUCUGGCCUCCCCGUGCGGAUAGAGAGUAUUAAAUGUGAACUGCCGCUGCCUCGCUUUAUGAUGUCAAAAACUGAUGCUGAGAUCCGGUUUGGGAACAUGGCUGAGCUGCAUGGAACUAAAGUUCAGAUUCCAUAUUUAAUCACAGAAAAAAAUACCUUCAAAAGAAUGGAUGAUGAGGAUAAACAGCAGGAAACGCAGUCUCCCACGAUGUCACCCCUCGCCUCCCCUCCUUCUUCCCCGCCUCAUUACCAGAGGGUGCCCUUGAGCCAUGGCUACAGCAAACUGCGGAGCAGCACGGAGCAGAUGCAUCCAGCUCCUUAUGAAGCUAGACAGCCCCUUGUCCAGCCUGAGGGACCCUCGUUGGGGGGCCCAGGAGCCAAACCCCUUCGGCAUCAGGCUUCCCUUAUCCGGUCCUUUUCAGUGGAGAGAGAACUGCAGGAUAACAACAGUAGUUACCCAGACGAACCCUGGAGGAUAACGGAAGAGCAGCGAGAGUAUUAUGUCAACCAGUUCCGGUCCCUUCAGCCUGAUCCGAGUUCCUUCAUUUCAGGUUCUGUGGCCAAGAACUUCUUCACCAAAUCAAAGCUUUCCAUUCCAGAACUCUCCUAUAUAUGGGAACUGAGCGAUGCUGACUGCGAUGGAGCCCUGAGCCUGCCAGAGUUCUGUGCUGCGUUUCAUCUCAUUGUGGCUCGGAAGAACGGCUACCCACUGCCUGAGGGCCUGCCUCCAACUCUGCAGCCAGAGUACCUGCAAGCAGCCUUUCCUAAGCCCAAGUGGGAGUGUGCGUUAUUUGAUUCUUAUUCUGAGCCAGUGCCAGCAAACCAACAACCCCGUGACUUGAAUCGGAUGGAGAAGCUAUCUAUUAAAGACGUGGCCGACUUUCCUGUCCCUACCCAAGAUGUGACUGGUGAUGACAAACAAGCUUUGAAGAGUGCUACGGAUGAAGCCUUACCAAAAGAUAUGUCCGAGGAUUCAGCCACUCCUAAGGAUUCCAACAGUCUCAAAGCAAGACCAAGAUCCAGAUCCUACUCUAGCACCUCCAUAGAAGAGGCCAUGAAGAGGGGCGAGGACCCUCCCACCCCGCCACCGCGGCCACAGAAAACCCAUUCCAGAGCCUCCUCCUUGGAUCUGAAUAAAGUCUUCCAGCCCAGUGUGCCAGCUUCUAAGUCAGGAUUGUUACCUCCACCACCUGCGCUUCCUCCGAGACCUUGUCCAUCGCAGUCUGAACAAGGAUCUGAGGCCGAGUUACACCCUCAGCUGAACAGAGCCCCCUCCCAAGCUGCGGAAAGUAGUCCAACAAAGAAGGACAUACUGUAUUCUCAGCCCCCAUCAAAGCCCAUCCGUAGAAAAUUCCGACCUGAAAAUCAAGCUACAGAAAAUCAAGAGCCUACUACUGCUGUAGGCGGGCCAGCUUCUGUAGCAACCGUGAAACCCCAUCCAACAGUCCAAAAACAGUCUUCCAAACAGAAGAAGGCUAUUCAAACUGCUAUCCGCAAAAAUAAAGAGGCCAAUGCAGUGCUGGCCCGGCUGAACAGUGAACUCCAGCAGCAGCUCAAGGAGGUUCAUCAAGAACGGAUUGCAUUGGAAAACCAACUGGAACAACUUCGUCCAGUCACUGUGUUGUGACCCCCAAGAUUCAAGUAACAGUGGGUGACCUUUCCUGCCAAGAUCUUUCCUUUGAAUGUUUCAACGCAACUACUUGUCAUAGAUGUCUGAGACUGUGUCAAAAGCUCUUAGCGGCGGAAUAUAAUCCAUAUCACCUUUUCUCUUGUGCUUCACGUGUACGUUUUACUGUGGUGGAAAAAAUACAACUGAUUAUCACACUUGAAAUUGUAACUAUCAGUGGAAUUUACCUCCCAUUCUUAAGUACUUCCUCAAGGUGUUAGAUGUUGCUCCUUACCCAAAACCAAUCUUCUAGCAAAUAAAA